AUGUUGAUCAGACUGCGCGGGCCGGACGGCAUGAUCCGCCUGACGGUCGAGCCAAUCACUACCUUUGGCGACUUGGGUCAACAGCUGCUCACUCAUCUACCAUCGACCGUCGAUCCCACGACCAUCGUCCUGUCCAACUCACCAACAGGCCGCGACGCCAAGAGACUAGGUGAUAUUGUUCAGUUCCAGAUCGGGCAGAUCGGCCUCAAACAUGGCGACUUGAUAUUCCUCACCUACCAACACCAGUCCGAUGGUGAUGCUACGAACGGCGAUGUUCCCGCGCCGGUCAUCUCUGCCAGGCUGAACGGCAAGCCGGUGCUGCCCACGGAGGACCACCCGAUUGACCCUAAACCCGAAAGAAUCUCGAAGCCGUGGGAAGUUGUGAAGCAGUCGGCGCUGGAUGACCGGCUAGACAAGCUGGAUGGAAAGAUUCCUCGGGGACGGGGUAGGAUGUGCCGACACGGCCCCAAAGGCAUGUGUGAUUACUGCCAACCUAUGGACCCUUUCGAUCCAAACUAUCUGGCAGACAACGGCAUCAAGUACCUUUCCUUUCACUCAUAUUUGCGCAAGAUCAACGCCGCGACGAACAAACCCGAGUCCGGAACGUCUUACAUACCGCCUCUUGUCGAGCCGUACUUCCGAGUCAGGCGCGAUUGUCCGUCCGGUCAUCCGGCUUGGCCAGAAGGUAUUUGCACAAAGUGCCAACCAAGCGCCAUCACGCUGAACCCUCAGCCUUUUCGAAUGGUGGACCAUGUCGAGUUCUCCACUCCUUCCAUUAUCGAUGGCUUUAUUGACGCCUGGCGGAAGACUGGGUCGCAGCGACUGGGUUAUCUCUAUGGGCGAUAUGCAGAGUACACCAAGGUUCCACUGGGCGUCAAGGCUAUCGUGGAGGCCAUCUAUGAGCCGCCACAAGUUGAUGAAAUCGAUGGCAUCACCAUGAACGCUUGGGAGAACCAGAAGGAGGUUGAUCACAUUGCCAAGCUCUGCGGGCUGGAACCUGUAGGCGUCAUCUGGACCGACUUACUCGACUCAGGCCGUGGCGACGGAUCCGUUGUCUGCAAGCGUCACCUCGAAUCAUACUAUCUCUCAUCUCUCGAGAUUUGCUUUUCCUCCAGACUACAAGCACAGUACCCUAAGCCGUCAAAAUGGAGUGACUCUGGCCAGUUCGGUUCCAACUUUGUCACCUGUGUGAUUACAGGCGAUGAAGAUGGAAACAUUGGCAUCUCAGCAUACCAGAUGUCUAACGAGGCUGUUGAGAUGGUGAGAGCUGACAUUGUGGAGCCGUCGGCAGACCCCAACUCCAUGCUUGUUCGCGAAGAAGAGGAGGACGACGGCUCCGUCAGUCGUACGAGGUACAUUCCUGAAGUCUUCUACUCCAAGAUCAACGAGUACGGAGCCAAGGUACAGCAGAACGCCAAGCCAGCGUUCCCCGUCGAGUACCUCUUCGUCACCCUGACACACGGCUUUCCCGACGAGCCCAAGCCCACGUUCGCUACCCAGACAGGGUUCCCUAUCGAGAACCGCGAGUACAUUGGCGAAAGUCAGGAGCACUCUGCUCUAGCGCGGGCCCUGAAUCUGCGACCUGGCCAGAAGCCUAGUGAUAACGGCCAAGAGGUGUCAAACUUUCACAUUCUCUGCUUCAUUCAUCAGCUCGGAGUUCUCUCAAAGGAUGAGGAGGCCCUUCUCUGUCGCGUCGCUACCCAGCAUGACCUCGCCGACUCGUUCCAGCUCCGCUCUACGGGAGGCUGGCAGACACUACAAGUCAUCCUGAACUCGACUGGUGAGCGAAUCCCCAAGCGUCCACGAGAGGACGGUGGAGGUCCGCCAAAGACCUCAUCAUCGGUCGCGCCGCCUCCAUCGUCUUCACAUCAUUACACAACCCCUUCUAUUGUCGGUGAGCGGGAUGAGCCACUAGCUAAACGGUUUGCUGCCUUCAGGCUGAACGAGCGUCGUGCCGCGACCCCAAGCAAUUCUUCGCCGCCGCCUCCCUGA